AUGAAAAUCAAAAGUCCAGGGAGUCCUUCCUAUCACAGGGAGGAGACCUCCCUGCUUACACUACCCGUGGAAAUCCGCCAGAAGAUUCUCAUCUAUAGUCUCUCCAACAUCGACAAUCGGCUCAUCCACUCUGCUUCACGUCUGCCGUGGGUGGAACUCUAUCGCGGCAAGCCAUCCCCAACACCAUCAAUUCUGACAGUCUGUCAACAAUUACACGCUGAGUGCCAACAAGUACUCUGCCGGAAGGCUAAGCUGGUCGUGUAUCUCCAACCAGAAUCUGUGCCACGGUUACAACGUCUGGCUAUCCGGAAGUUUGUGCGAUAUCUGGAUAUCGCCAUCCCUUUACUCGAGCAAGACAGCCGGAUCUCAGUCCGCCGCAAGGCCACCACACUACUUGCCCGUCCAGCGGAGAAACUGAUCCCCAAGCUUGUGGCCGCUUUUCCCCAUGUCGAAUCCAUCACGCUGACACUAUGUCCCAUGCCGUCCCGCCAAUUGGCCGUGAUGCCAUACAUGACGGGCUGGCGCAACUACGAGCUCCGCACACUGCUGGCACAGCCGUGGCUCGCGCAAAAGGUGACGAAAGUGCGACUCCAGCUAGACGGCUCCAUGACCAAAGAGGUCCUCGAAAUGGUGCAGACGAUCGGUGCGGGCGUGGAUGACCGACCCGCACACCUGAGACAGCUACGCCAGCGGCUCGCGCAGAUCAACGAACUGCCCGGCCUCCAGGACCUCGAGAUCUACUUCACCACCCUCCUCUCCCGACCCAGCCACAACCGUCCCAUCAUCUGGACGAUCCAGCAGCAACAGCAAGCCGAAGAGGUCGGUCAGACGCCCGCAACCCCGCCCCUGACGGCCAGUCAGGCCAUGUUGACGCGACACCUCCGCACCGAGAGGCAGCAGAUGGAGGGAGUGUAUGAUCUGUUGAAGGAAUUGUUCCCGCAGACAAAGCGGUUGAAGCUGUUUCGCAUGCUGUAUUGGCGCGGCACGUUGAUGUAUGAGGUGGUGGACUUUGAGAGUGAUGUCGAGCUGGAGGUGGAGAGGCUGUUGAGCCGUAGGACGAUUGGGUCGAUGCCGACGACGACGACCCAGCGUGUGGGCAUCAGAGGGUCGCAGUGA